AUGCUCGCAGGAGCACUACUUGUGGACAACCCGAACAUCAAGGACCGUCUCUCUUCUUUUUCAAUCGAGGGUGGCGGUGUGAUUAAACUCCAUCGUGUGACCCCUCGCAAUCUCUAG